AUGCCCAACACCGAGGACCUCCACGAACGGGCGUCGUACAUCUUGUCGUCCAAGCACAACGCCGAGCUCGACCUCGAGAGCGGCGCGCUCGUGGAAGGUGGGCCGCUGGCUCUCUGGUCGCGCGAAGCCUUUGGUCUCUUUUCGCAGUACGGCGCCAUCGGUGUCCUCUACGGCAUGUUGCCCGUGCUCUCGCUGCCCAUCUACACGGUGUACCUCAACAUGGAAGGGUACCAAACCGCCUCGUACGGUGUCUUGGUGACGGUCGGCUGGACGUUCAAGGUCUUCUGGGGCAUGCUCUCGGACUGUGUCCCGAUCUUUGGCUACCGCCGCAAGUCGUGGAUGCUCAUCGGGUGGUUCACCACCAUGGUGUGCCUCGCUGUCAUGACGUUCCUGCCCAUUGGCGCGCCGUAUUGCGACCGCCGCAUUCCCAACAACGUCUGCAAGACGCCGCUGCGCAACAUCAGCGACGCGGACAAGGCUGCGUACCUCAACUUUGACGCGCCCGCGCGCGGCUCGACGUUCAUCAUCCUCUCCAUGUUCAUCUCGUUCGGCUACGUCAUUGCGGCCUGUGCGUCCGACGCCAUGGUCGUCCAGUACGCGCAGCGCGAGCCCGAAGCCAUUCGGGGGCGAGUCCAGACGGCCAUCUACACGGUCCGCACGGUCACGGGCGUGUUCGCCCAGCUCGUGGUUGCGUUCCUCCUCAAUGGCAAGGAGUACGGCGGCUCGUUUGACUUUGCCGUCCCGCCGAACGCCGUCUACGGCAUUUGCCUCGCGCCCUGUGUCGCCGUUGUGCUCACGACCAUCUUUGUGGUCGUCGAGCAGCCGUCGCAGAAGACGUCGUUUGGCGAGUGGCGGCGGUCGUUCUGGGGCCUGCUCCAGAAGCGCGUCAUGUGGCAAAUCUGCGCGUUCCGCUUCAUCAACACCAUGUUUCAGAGCAUGUCGGCGACACCGACGUCGCCCAUCGCCUCCAAGUGGGCCAAGGUCGAGCCGCUCAACGACUCGCUCUCGGCGGCGCUGGGCAAUCUGAUUUACGCGCUGAUUCUCAUCGUUGUCGGCAAGUGGGGUCUCAACUGGAACUGGCGCUGGACGAUCGCAAUCGCGUCGCUCGGGAUGGUCGCCAUCGACUCGUUUGUGAUGAUGAUGACGGUCUGGGACGUCUACCGCAACCAGUGGUUCUACACGGGCGUCACGAUGGCCGACAACAUUCCCAUGAGCGUCCGCUUCAUUGUCUCGACGUACUGCGCCGUUGAAAUUGCCGACGUGGGCAACGAAGGCGCGACGUACGGCCUCAUCACGACAGUCGGGAACCUUGCGUCGCCCGUCGCGUCGGUCAUUUACAAGUACAUUGACUCGUUCUUUGACGUCUCGCAAGACAACAUCUUGACCGACUCGACGCACGUGCGCUGGGAAGCCACGUACGUGUAUCUGAUCUCGUACAGCUGCAAGAUGCAAGAGCUCAAGCGCCGUGGGGGCUCGAGCAAAAUCGCUGGCGGCCUUCUCAUCCUCGCCUUCCUCGUGUCCAUGGUCUUCUCGAUGACGAGCUCCAUCAUGGCCAUCUACCCGUCGACCAAGUGCUACCGCAUCGCCGGCGGCAAGGGUACGGUGAACGGCACGUGCCCCAAGUAA